CUGUAUUAAAUUAUCUAAUACAUUCACAACGAAUAAGUUAUUUAGAUAUUCGUUGCUAGUUAAAUUGAAAAGUUGAAUUGAAGAAAACUAUAGACUAGAAAACUAUGAAUUUGAUUGAUUUGUAAUUAUUUGAAAAUUUAUAUAAGACAAAUAAAAGUUAGUUUUUUAUGUAAUUGAACCUAAUUUUUUAGUUGCAUCUUAUGCAAUGUUCGAAGUUUAGUUGUCAUUCCGCUUACCGUUAUUUAAUCUGACGCAAUGUGGUACACGUGACGUUUGCCAUGAGCAUAGUUCUGAAAUUAAAACGUGGUAAAACAAACUAAAAUUAAUCAAAUCGAUGCAAAAUGAAGUUGCAUUCGUAAAGAGCAUGUAGUAUACAUAUUAUGUCGACCUAAUAAAAAUUUGCAGGCUGACAGAAUGUAACAAAGAUAUAGCGAUACAUUCGUAAAUUUCAAUGUAUGAAAAAAUCAUUUUCUGAUUUUACUGUUGUAAAUGAUAGAGAAAUAUGAGUGUAGAAUUAGAAUCUAAUGCGAACCUCGAAGAAAUAUAUACUUGGAUGGAGCAAAUAUCAUUUUCCAAACCAAAAAAAAAUCUUGCUCGAGAUUUUUCUGACGGUGUUUUUAUGGCUGAAUUGUUAAAACGAUACUAUCCCAGAUACGUCGAUAUACAUAAUUAUAUUCCUGGAAAUAGUAUUGCAAAAAAAAUAGACAACUGGUCCACUUUAAAUCGCAAAGUACUUUCAAAACUUGAUGUAAAAUUAGGAAAAGACGUGAUCAAUCAACUAGCAAAUUCGCAACCCGGUGUUAUCGAAAAAAUUUUAAUCGAACUGCGAGCUAAAAUUUUAAAAGAUUGUAAUGCGGAUAGAAAUUCUUUAUAUGCCGAAUAUGAAGAAGACGAAAAGAAAGAAGUUGUUAAGUCAGUGCUCAACCCAGAAGAAAUAGCAAAUAAAACUGUUCCGCGUCAUGUCUUCGUUCGACUAAAACAAGAAUUAGAAGAAAAGAAUGAACUGAUAAAUAUUCUUCAUCAAAAAGUGUCUCACCUAGAAUCUCUGAUAAAACUGAAAGAUCAAAGAAUUACAGAUCUUACGUCACAAAUUAUAAAACCCAUAGAACAAAGUAUUACACCAAGAACUUUUGCAGCUAGUACAAUUUCAAAACUUCGAACGAAAAUAUAACUCGCCAAAAUUUAAAAAAUAAUCCUUUAAGAAUAUUUUAAAUAAAAUUGUACUUCAACAUUUAUAUUAUUUAUAAACAUUUAAUGUAAUGUACUGUUUUAAUAUAGUGUACCACAAUUUA